AUUCCGAAUGAAAACGAAGUUCUCGAAGAAGAAAAUUAUUCAUUCGAAUUUCUGGAAAUUUUAUGAGCAAAUGGUUGAUGAAAAAAAUGUAAAUACAAAUAAACUAUUUUAUGAAGUGAUUGUGUAAUGCAUAAGAUGGGUUAAUUUACUUGUGCAAUGGGUGAUUUAAACGUAGCUUGUUAACUCGACGCUCAUUUUUUAUUCUCAAGUGUGUUACCUAAUUCCGCUUAGAAUGGCUAACACAGGAGUUCUGCCUUUUGUCCGAGGUGUUGAUUUUAGCACCAACGAUUUCAGCGGAAAUUUUCCACAUUCGGUGAAACUUAUGUCCAGUGUGCAAUGGCUAAGACUGAACAAUACCAAAUUAGAAGAAAUUCCUUCGGAAUUGGGAAAUUUGCUAAAAUUGGAGCAUUUAUCCUUGAAGAGAAAUAAAUUGGAGAAACUGCACGGUGAGCUGACCGAAUUAACAAGUUUGAGAACUUUGAACGUUCGCCAAAAUGCUCUCAAGUCAUCCGGUGUUCCUCCUGAUUUAUUUAAAUUGGAAGAAUUAACUACUUUGGAUUUUAGUCAUAAUAAUUUGAAAGAGGUUCCAGAAGGAUUGGAGAGAGCUCGUUCCUUAUUAGUAUUGAAUUUAAGUCAUAAUAAAAUUACUAACAUACCAAAUAUAUUAUUCAUACAUCUGACCGAUUUGCUAUUUUUGGAUUUGAGUAACAACAGUUUGGAAACUUUACCACCUCAAAUGAGAAGACUGACUAAUAUACAAACGCUUAUUCUAAAUCAUAAUCCACUGGGACAUUUCCAACUAAGACAGUUACCAUCGCUAACAAGUUUAGAAACACUUCAUAUGAGAGACACUCAAAGAACACUAAAUAAUAUGCCCAGUAGCUUGGAGAUGUUAACUUCUCUAACAGAUCUAGAUUUAAGUAGAAAUGAACUACCUCGAGUUCCAGAUGCUCUCUAUACUCUCACCAAUUUAAGGAGGUUGAAUUUAUCGAACAAUUCGAUUACUGAAUUAUCCUUAGCUUUAGAUGUUUGGCAAAAACUAGUUGUACUCAAUUUAUCCAAUAACUUGCUAACCGCGUUGCCAACCGCUCUAUGUAAAUUAAGCAGUCUUCGGCAAUUGUAUUUAAACAAUAAUAAAUUGAAUUUCGACGGUAUUCCUUCUGGUAUUGGGAAGCUGUCCUCUCUAGAAAUAUUUGCAGCUGCUGGAAAUGAAUUGGAAAUGAUCCCAGAGAGUUUAUGCCGGUGCGGUUCAUUGAAGAAACUAAUUCUCAGUUCGAAUUGUCUCGUAACGGUUCCGGAUACGAUUCAUUUACUUAGUGAUUUAGAAGUAUUAGAUUUAAAAAAUAAUCCAGAUCUGGUUAUUCCUCCCCGUCCCACUUCGAUGCAGCAAGGCUCCGGAGUGGAGUACUAUAAUAUCGAUUUUUCGCUUCAGCAUCAAUUAAGAUUAGCUGGAGCUUCGAUUCCACAGCCUCAAUUAAAUACCAGUGCUAGUAAAGAUCCAAUUGCUAGAAAGUUGAGACUUCGCAGAGGUAGGCGCGAUACUGAGAAUAGCGCUGAUCAAGAUCAAGCCAAAAUUCUCAAAGGAAUGAAAGAUAUAGCCAAAGAUAAAAAUAGACAAACAUCUAUUGAUGACGAAGUGCAAUCAUUGAAACCAAAGAGGUGGGAUGAAUCUCUAGAAAAGCCUCCUUUAGAUUAUUCGGAAAUAUUUGACGAUGAAAUUGGCCAAAUGUUGGGCUUAACUAUUUGGGAGAUCGAAAACUUUUUGCCUAAUUUAGUCGAUGAAUCUUUACACGGGAAAUUUUAUGAAGCUGAUUGCUACAUCAUUUUGAAAACAUAUUACGAUGAGAAUGGAGGAACAACGUAUAGUAUUUAUUUUUGGAUCGGCGAAAAAUCACCGCUCGAUAAAAAAGCCUGCGCUGCGAUGCAUGCUGUCAAUCUUCGAAAUUAUCUUGGCGCACAGUGUAGAACUAUACGAGAAGAACAAAAUGACGAAUCUGAAGAAUUUUUAAGUUUAUUUGAUUCCAAUAUCGAAUACUUGGAAGGAGGCAGAACUUCCAGUGGAUUCUACACAGUAGAAGAUGUGAUUUAUACAACUCGAUUUUAUCGAGUGCACAGUAAUGGCGCAUCUAUACAUUUGGAACCGGUGCCUAUUUCCAUCGAGUCACUUGACCCGAGGUACACCUUUAUUCUAGAUGUCGGUUUGAAAAUAUUCAUAUGGUAUUGUUCUAAAUCAAAAAAUACUUUGAAGUCGAAAGCCAGAUUAGUAGCUGAAAAAAUAAAUAAAAAUGAAAGAAAAAAUAAAGCUGAAAUUAUCACUGAUAUUGAUAGCUGUAAGACGUCAGAAUUAUGGCAAUUAUUGGGAGAAGAAAGUGAUGAGAAACCCGAGGAUCCAUUCAAAGAAUAUGUGAGCAAUGAUUUUAAACCAAUACCGCCGAAAUUAUACGAAGUUAAGUUAGGAAUGGGCUACUUGGAGCUUCCGCAGGUUGAAUUACCUCAUAAUAAAUUAGUCAAAACUUUAUUAGACACUGAUAACGUGUACAUAUUAGACUGCUUUUUGGAUUUAUUCGUAUGGUUUGGUAAAAAAUCAACCAAACUAGUACGGGCAGCGGCUGUGAAAUUAUCACAUGAAUUAUUCUCCAUGUUAAAAAGACCUCCUCAUGCUUUGAUCACUCGUAUUCAACAAGGCACUGAACCACAGAUUUUCAAACUCAAAUUUUCCGAUUGGGACGAAGUAAUUGCUGUAGAUUUUACACGAACCGCCGAAUCUGUUCAAAGAACCGGAGCAGAUUUAGUCAAAUGGGCUAAACAACAAGAAACCAAGACCGAUCUGGGAGCAUUAUUUACCACUCGACAACCCACCGUUCCAUUCCAAGAAGCAAUGCAGCUGAUGGAAGAAUGCAAUGAAGAUUUAGAAGGAAUGGAAUGCUUUGUUUUGGAAGGAAAAAAAUUCGUCAAACUGCCCGAAGAAGAAAAAGGUCAUUUUUACAGCAAAGAGUGCUACGUAUUCUUAUGUCGAUAUUGGGUUCCCGUUGACGAUUGCGGUGAAGAUGAAACUGAUGGCGAAGGUCCCAUCGAAGAAGACUUCCAGUGCAUUGUUUAUUUCUGGCAGGGUAGAGAUGCUUCAAACAUGGGCUGGUUAACGUUCACAUUCGGAUUGCAAAAAAAAUUCAAGUUAUUGUUUGGUGAAAAAUUAGAAGUUAUAAGAAUGCAUCAGCAGCAGGAAAAUAUCAAAUUCUUGGCUCAUUUCGAAAGACGUUUCGUUAUUCAUCAAGGAAGUCGAAAAGAAGAACAUGAAAAUGAACGUUUGGAACAACCACCAGCUCAGUUGUAUCAAUUGAGGGCUAACGGUAGCGCUCUUUGUACUCGAGUCAUUCAAGUCAAAGCCGAUGCUACUUCUCUGAACUCUUGCUUCUGUUAUAUUUUGAAAGUUCCAUUCGGAAAUGAAGGUUCUUCCGGAUCGGGACUGAUUUACGUAUGGAUUGGCUCAAAGGCCGAUGCGGAAGAUAUCAAACUCAUACAAGAAAUAUCCGACGAUAUGUUUAACAACCCUUGGAUUACUUUGCAAGUCAUUAAUGAAGGCGAAGAACCUGAUAAUUUCUUCUGGUACGCGUUGGGAGGCCAGAAACCUUACGAUGAAUCAGCUGAUUUCAUGAACUACACGAGACUCUUCCGGUGCUCUAAUGAAAGAGGGUAUUUCACAGUUUCGGAAAAGUGUACAGAUUUUUGUCAGGAUGAUCUCGCUGAUGAUGAUAUUAUGAUACUGGACAACGGGGAACAAGUUUUCCUUUGGUUAGGAGCUAGAUGUUCCGAAGUUGAAAUCAAAUUAGCUUAUAAAUCCGCUCAAGUUUACAUUCAACAUCUUCGAGUUAAGCAACCGGACAGACCUCGAAAUUUGUUUUUAACACUGAAAAAUAAAGAAUCAAAACGUUUUACGAAAUGCUUUCAUGGCUGGAGUGCUCAUAGAAAGUGCCUAGAUUAAUUUGAUAUUUUCUUACUCAAAAUAUUCAUCAACAUUUAUCAUCGUUUUGUACAUUUUGAAAUUUAUUUAUAAACAAUUAACGAAGUAUUAUUUAUUAUUAUUAAAUGGCAAUAUUUAUUUUUUUAUUUUGUGAUAUGUAUAUAAAUGUUACCAUAGUUUCAAUAUAAACGUUUGUAAUUCGA